CCGCCCAGAGGCCCAGGGUCCGUGAGCCGAGGCGAGGCUGCAGGACACAGGGUCACCAUGGGGACAACUGCUCUGGGUCUCCUCUGGGCAGUGCUCCUGCUCCCUCUCUUGGUGUUUGGGGUCCCCACUGAGGAGCCCACCUCUGGGGAAGCUGUGGCCUCCAACACCCCCGGGGGCUGCCGACGAUGCUGUGACUCCGAGGACCCUCUGACCCUUGCUGAUGCUGCAGAUGCGUCCUCGGCCUCUCCGUCUGUCCUCCCAUAUGUCCUGCCUGAAGUCAGGCCCUACAUUAACAUCACCAUCCUGAAGGGUGACAAAGGGGACCGAGGCCCACUGGGCACACCAGGGAAGCUGGGCAAGGAGGGUCCCCGGGGGGACCGUGGCCUGCAGGGCACCAAGGGCGCCAAGGGGCAGGCGGGCAGCCCUGGCAGCCCGUGCCAGACACGCUACUCAGCCUUCUCGGUGGGCCGCAAGACGGCCCUGCACAGCAGCGAGGGCUUCCAGCCACUGCUCUUCGACACGGUCUUCGUGAACCCAGAUGGCCACUUCGACAUGGCUGCGGGCUGCUUUGUGGCACCCCUGCACGGCCUCUACUUCUUCAGCCUCAAUGUGCACAGCUGGAACUUCAAGGAGACCUACGUGCAUGUCGUGCACAACGAGGAGGCGGCUGUCAUCCUGUACGCGCAGCCCAGCGACCGCAGCAUCAUGCAGAGCCAGAGCGUGAUGCUGGCCCUGGUGCCAGGCGACCGUGUCUGGGUGCGGCUCUUCAAGCGCGAGCGUGAGAACGCCGUCUACAGCGACGACGUCGACACCUACAUCACCUUCAGCGGCCACCUCAUCAAGCCCGAGGACGACUGAGUGCCUCCUGCGUCACCUCCCAGCUGGGCGGCUCAGGUGCUGGGUGGCCGUGGGCAGGUCCCAUCCCCUGCAGGGCUCUAUGCACCUCUGUAGAGGGGGGCGGCCAGGUGGUUCCCGAGGACCUGGCAUUCUGGGGAGGCUGCCUCUUCUUUCCUUACUGGCAUCAUCCCUCCCAGUCUGUUUCUGUCCCUCUCUCUUCUCCUGGACAUAUUUUAAGAAAAUUUCUGAUCUAAAUAUUCUAAAACUUUCCCAGCCUUGUAGCCCAGCACUUCACAAACUUGAAUAUGCAUAUGAAUCACCUGGGGAUCUUGUUAAGAUACAGAUUCUGAUUCAGCAGGCUGGAGUGGGCCCAGGAUUCUGUAUUUCUAACAAGUUCCUGGGUGAUGCCGGUGCUACUGGUCUGUGGACCACACUUGAGUAAUCAGGUUCUAGAGCUUUCACAUUCUAGUACUUUCUGAACAUUCUGGAAUCCUCCGAAUUCUGGAAUUCUCCCAACAUCACUCUAGGAGCAGUCCCUUCUCUGUUCUCUUUGCCCCUUCCUCCUCCUUUCUCCGUCUCCUCUUCACCACCCCCACCCCACAGCCACUGUUCAUUUAUUCAUUCAUCAAACACUGAGCACUCAUGCUGUGCCAGGCCCUGGGAAAGGUGAGGUGAGUCAGACAGGCCCUGCCCCUGCUCUUGGUGAGCGCCCAGUCCAGCCCUGGGGGGGCUGAUGGGUUCCAGAAGAUUUUAAACCAGACCCAGCAAAAUGCACAGGGCUCUCACCCUGGGGGUUCAGGCACGGUGCAUCUCUUGUUACCUACUGCUCCCCAAGGCUGGUGGCACAGGGUAGUGCAGUAUCCAUUCUUCCUCCUCCUGCCCAUUGCCCAUCAUUAAAGCAAACCCAGAGGGGCCUUGGCAAGGACAAGGGUCCUGUCAGGGGAGGGCCCAGGAGUUUGGGAGCAUUUUCAGGUGAAGGGGGCCUCUGGGGAGUGGAAACCAGACUCCUAGCUCCCCACAUGGCUGGUGCGGUAGCAUGUGAGGACUCCUACCCUCCUCACUGGGAUCACUUCCCUGUCCCCUCAGGCUCUGCCAGGGCCUUGCUCAGCCCCUCCUGCCAAAGGCUUCUGAGCCUCAGUUUCCCCAGGACUUCUCACUACUAUCAGACACUGAUGUCUGUACCCAGGUGCUUUCGGCCUUCCUCAGCCCCUCUCGCCAGCCCAGUGCCCCCGACUCCAGGCUUUAUCAAGGUGCUAAGGUCCCAGUGGGCAGCUCCUGCUGGCAGACCCCUCCUCCAGCCUGGUGCUGCCGUUACAAACACCAGCGGGUGACGGGCCGGGAUGGAAGGCACCAGGCUUUGGAGCCCUCAGCAGGUCUAGGGAACUGAAGCAGGCAACAUUUCAGGUCAGGCAGGGGGACUCUUCUGAGCCAUGCUGCCAAGGAGGCACUGGGAGAGGCCAGGGCAAAGGAAGGGACGUCAGGCCUUCUGUCUCUUCUCCCUCUCCCAGGGUGGGGCAGCCUGGUGGUCCCCUAGCCUUCUUCUCCCCCACCCCAGGUGGCCUGACCUUCUCCUCAGUGGGGGGGGUCUCGCCCAUUUGUGCUCAUGCAGUUUCUGGGGCAGAGGAGGCCUUGGGUGGUGGUCUCUGGUGCUCACAGUCAAGGGAGCCAUUGCUAUGUGGCCAGGUGAUGGGAGCAGGGCUUGACCAGGUGCCAUGAAGGCCGGUGCUAUAAAACCACCCCAGCCCUACUGUGCCCCUGCCCUGCUUGCCCAUUGUGAUUAAAGGAUUCUGUGUCCUCUUG